CAAAAGUCUAAAGACAGGUGGACACCAGCGGAAACAUCCAGGAUUAUAGAGAGAGAGAUGUUGCCAGAGCCGGCUUUACUGCACCUGAGAGACGAGAGAAAGGAGGAUGGUGUGUGCAGCGAGACAAGGAAGCAUGACUGAAAAAUGACCGGAAGUAAACAGAGAAGAAACGGUGACAGAGAGAAAAGAAGAGCAGAAAUGACAGCCGCAUUAUCACUCUGCCUCCUGAUUCAAACACCACAAGUAAACGCUCUGCUCUGGCUCGUCUCAUUGGCUGCACCUCCGGCCAAUCAUAGCUCGGGAAUGCAAGGUGCCUUUAGGUUAUACCCAACCCCAAAAUAUGAGGGAGAGACAGAGAGAGGCAUGCUGUAGUGCAGAGGUUCCUCCAGUGAGGCGAGCCUCCAUGUCUCUGGUGUUCCUCCUGCAUCACAGAGAAUAAAUUACAGGCUUCCUUGCAGCAGCUUGAGUGCAUGUUGUGUUGCAGCUCAGGCUGGUGGGUUUUCUCCUCCGUCAACAGCUGGCUGAGCUGAGUGUCGAGAUCAGAGGCAGAGCAAGCUUCUUGCAAGGACGAGGAGGACGAAGAGGGGAACCAGGUUAGGGACUAGAAAAAGUGAAAGUUGUGAUGGUGAUUGGGUUUUUCCACCUUGAGUUUUACGAGUCAGAAAUGUAGGACGCCAAAGAUUUGAGUCAUCCCUUCAGCAGACUGAGGAGUAGAGGAGUGAAACGGGAAGACAACGUGGGAAACAGAAGUGGAAGGAUUCAGGAUGAUCCUGGGAAGUGUAAACCGACCGGCGCCGGUCCCUGCCUUCCUCAGGAACCCACCUGUCCUCCCACCGCCUCUGGACCUGAAGCCUUUCCUCCAGUUUCCCCUGGAGUCGCCUCAUCCGGCCGGCAUAGGCCUCUUCCACAACUUUAACGCCAUGGACCCGAUCCAGAAGGCUGUGAUGACGCACACAUUCGGGCCGCCUAUUGUGAAAACAAAGAGGCCGAUAAUCUCCUGCAACGUUUGUCAAAUACGCUUCAACUCAGAGAGUCAAGCGGAGGCACACUAUAAAGGAAACCGCCAUGCUCGAAGGGUGAAGGGCAUCGAGACGUCAAAGACAUCACGACUCCAAGAUGGAGACAAACAGCAACCUCAGCCUCCAUCCUCGCCCUCCCCACCCGGCCUCGCGCCGUCCAGCCCGAUAUCUGAUCCUAAUCCCAACAAGCAGGAUGAUCCUCAGUCCUGCCCCAGCCUGAAAGAUUCACCCUUGACCCCUAACCACCUCCCGACAACUCAGAUGAACUCAGCAGACGCAGAGUCGUCUGUCGGCAUACCUCUGCCGUCCUCUCCCUCCUCCUCGGCAGCCCUCAGCAGCUCCUCUGGGGACCCAGCAGCAGCUGCUCUACCUGACACCCCCUCCCCGGCACCAAGCCCGUCUUCAGGAGAGUCGGAGGAAGAAAAAGCCAAAAAGCUGCUUUACUGCUCUCUCUGCAAAGUAGCUGUUAAUUCCCUUUCACAGCUGGAGGCGCAUAACAAAGGAACCAAACACAAAACUAUCCUGGAGGCUCGAAGUGGACUGGGACCCAUCAAAGCGUACCCUCGCCUGGGUCCCAAACCCAGCCCUGAGCAGGGAGGGGAGCUCUCCUCUGAUCCAAACACUCAGGAACGCACCUUCCACUGUGAGAUAUGCAACGUCAGAGUCAACUCUGAGCUGCAGCUUAAACAGCAUAUAUCGAGCAGAAGGCAUCGGGACGGAGUUGCGGGUAAACCUAAUCCUCUUCUCAGUCGGCACAAGAAGCGCACAGACUUUAUGGAACUUCCAAAAACUCUAGGGCCUGGACUUUUACCCAGUCCUCUGGCUGUCGCCGCAGCAAUGGCGGCAGCAGCGUCGUCAAACCAACUGGCUCUACGGCCUCCCGGGCCGACCUCCCACCCUCACCCACACCUGCUACAGGGAACGCCCCUCAGCCUGCUGAGGCCAGCCCCGGGCCCCAUCCGCACCACACACGGGCCCAUUCUCUUCACUCCGUACUAACGGUGAAGGAAUGGAGAAGAGUCAGGAAGAAGCACACUGUGAACUGGAGGCAACCAUGUGCCAUUGAGAGCCAAACUGGCUGGUCUGGCUGCACAUUUUAUUUUAUUUAUAGAAGAUAUAAAUAUUACUCCUCAUUGUGUUGAGAUGUUUCUAUCCUCUUGAGUUUUCCUUCAUCACCUGAGUAUCGGCUGGUGAUCAAAAUCUACGAGCUGAUGGUUUGAAGAGGACGUCUUGGAGUCUGCAGCUAGAUGCCUUCAACUCUUACACAGGUGUCCAGAUGCAUUCAUUCUUGAAGUUUUUGAACCAUUUCACUGGGAUUUUAUGUGACGGACCAACACAACGUUCCCAUAAUAAUACAAAAAAGGAAAUCUGAAAACAGUACUGUUGAUUUGUUUUCAGCCUUUCAAAGUAAGAAUUUUUAGAGCCACAUUCUGUCGCCGUUUUUCUAUCAACUUUGCAAAUCAAGAAACUCAAAUUUUUGCUCAAUUUUAUAGAGCCCAGUCUCGGCCAGACUGGAGCAGCUGUACGCGUCUCACUACUUAAACUAAAUCAGAAACUAAAACUAAAUCUGAGUCGGUCAGAUUUAGUUCUGGACUUUGCACCAUCACCACUGAUAUUUAUCUUGCUGUAUUUUGGUGUCACUCUGAUACCAUGUAAAUACAGGAACAGUAUCGCUGAUACAAAUAUCGAUAUUAAUCAUUAAAGCAGGGCAAUAUCAAACUUCUGUGAUUUUUUCUUUGAAUUAUUUUGUUAAUUCAAAACAACUAAUUCUAGGACAGAAUUUAGAUAAGGUGUGUUGGUGUCUACAAAAUACUUUAACGACAUAUUUACAUGAUGAAGACGAACAUUCAAAAAUCAAAACAAGUUUGUGUGCAGUUUUCUACAUAAAGUGCAAAAAAAUCAUCAAUUGAGAGCAAAUCGAAGCAAAAAUGAAUUAAGGUAGAAUUGAGAAUCUACAGUACAAAAGUAAAAUAAAAUUUCAAGAGGGAAUCUGAAACUAAAGAAUCAAUCUUAUCCUGCAUGUAUGAAUCCAAUACUAAUAUCAAUUUAUAUUGGUUUUAAUAUACUACCAAUGCAAAUUGGUAUUGGUAUAUUAUCGAUAUUUUAUCAGUAUUCAGCAACUCUGGCCAGAUAUUCAGUCUCUUCUCAAGAAAACUGUUCACACAUAAUGAUGCUGCCACCACCAUGUUUCACAGUGGUGAUGAUGUAAUCUGGAUGAUGUAAUCUGAAUCAGUCAUUUUCUUCCACACAAAGUUCAAAAGUUGAUUUUGACUUCAUUAGAUCAGAGCGCCUUCUUCACUGUGCCUCUUAUAUCGGCAAUGUAGAUCAUUACCAAACUACAAACUUGACUUCUUUUGACUUUUUUUGAGCAAAAUUUCUCAGUUAACGCUCCAACAGAUCUUAUUAAGCCCAUUGGUUGCGCUUAAUUUCUAAUUUGUCAAAGACAAAAGCACCAUCUUCUUUUUUUUUUUUUUAGAAAUCUUUUGCAUAAUCAAGUUUAAAAACAUGAAUAAUCUGAAUAACCACUUUGUGUUGGUGUAUCACUUAUAAUCCCAAGAAAAAAAACAUACAUCAUGUUCAAAGAAGUUCAAGAGGUAUUAAUAUUUCUGAGGCACAAAGAUCUCAUGUGGCGGACUUAAAACCCUACCUCUCUUUUGUUUGUUAUUUUCAUCUGUCUGCAUUACAGUUUUACAGCAUUUAUAUAAUAAAAACACAGAAUUAGAUGUAGUAGGUGCGUCUGGAGUUAGCUGGACUCAUGCCAUAGCUGUCAUCGUAGAUUGGAUUAUACCACUGUAACGUUCUGCUCUUGUGGUUCACACAAUUAGCAGAUGACUCUGUGGUUUCUGUCUGGUCACCUGUCAAUGGCUGACCUGCAUUUGCCUCUGUGGGACACAAAAAGAAGGAAAGGGGAAAUAGCAAAUGGUAGGACUUUAUAUUGCAUCUUAAAGCUAAAGUGAUAUACAUAGGAAAUUGUAAAGAAGAAACUGCUGUUGCACUAUGCAGAUGUCAGUAUUUGUUUUUGUGUUAUGUGUACAAUGCAGUAAGGUUGGAGAAAUUGCUAAAAGAAAAUCAUUUUCAUUUUUUUUUUUUUUAGUCAGUGAAGACGUUGUGCUACCAAUGAACUCUUCCUCAAACCAUUCUGUCAGAAAUCUUGCUGAGCGCACAGGAGUGCAUUUCUGGUGUUUUUCUCAUCCACUCCGCACAGAAGCUUUCGGCGUCUUCUCGAAAUAAGUUUCACACUGUGAGUACAGCAGGACGAGAACUCAUUCAUAACUUCGAUCGCGGCGCUUUCUAAUCUGGGCACACAAAAACAGAACCACCUUUCACCAGAAACGGCAGUGGAGGACACAGGAACCAGUAGGAGGAACCAGCAGCCAGGGACACAUCCAGGACCACAAACACUGAUGAAAAGAUGUAUGCAAAGACAAUUAAAGAAACCAAAAAUGGUCACAUUUCUGGAUCGUACUGGACUUGGGUAGCAGUAUUUUUCUGUGCACUCUGAUCUCCAAAAGUAACUAUCAGAAGCUCUCAGUAAGGAAUUGGGAAUCAUUGGAAGAAAAGUUUAGGAAACGGGAAAUGUAGCAAUACCGUGAGCACUUCUGUUACUUUUUUCUUGUGAACUGCAAUAAAAAGAUGUAGAGAAAUGUAAUAAAUGUUCCUUAGGAGAAGUGUAUUGAAACUUUACUGUAAAUGUAGAAUAUUAAAAAAAAAAAAAAAAAAAAAGAUAAAUUGUUCAUGUUGGGGCUUCCUUAUUGUUAGAUUUAAACUAUGAAAUCAUUAAAAUGAGUUUAUGGUUGAAAGAAGUGUUGAUUUCUGACAUAUUUCAUUUCUUAACAUUUUUAUGCAAGUGCUUAAAGUAAUGCAUAUAAAGCAUUAUAUAUAAAAUAACAUCGGAAAUGCAUCAAUCUCAUAUCAGUGCUCUCUGUAUUUUAUGCCCUCCUUUAAAAGAUGUUUCAAAAAGUCUUAAAAUAAAUUAAUAUUUAAUUA